AUGUUAUCUGUACGUAUAGUUAGUGUUGAUCAUUAUAUGGCUAAGCCUAUAAAGGAAAUGGACCCAGUAUACUCACAAUUUAGAAGUUCUGAAAUAAAACAAGUGCCUGUAAUUCGAAUAUUUGGAUCAACUUCUCUUGGCCAAAAAGUUUGUUUACAUGUUCAUGGCGUCUUUCCAUAUUUAUACAUACCUUAUGAUACGUCAUGUAACGAUCCUGAUAUGCUUAUGUAUCAAAUACUCAACAGCAUUGAAAAAGGUUUAAAUAUAUCAUUGAGAAAUGCAAGUUCAACUACACAUCACAUUUUUAAAAUGACUCUUGUAAAAGGAAUUCCUUUUUAUGGAUAUCAUCCUAAAGAACAUAAAUUUUUGAAAAUUUAUUUUUAUAAUCCUAUGCUAAUAAAACGAGCUGCAGAUUUGUUACAAAAUUCUUCAGUCUUGGGACAAGCUUAUCAACCACAUGAGUCACAUGUGCCAUUUAUUUUACAAUUUUUUAUUGAUUAUAAUUUAUAUGGAAUGAGUUUUAUAAAUGUUACAAAUGUAAAAUAUAGACAAAAUAAUAAUCUAGAAUUAUCUCAGGAACAAUUGCUUCCACAAAGUGUUGAAAGAAUGAGCAGAAGUGAAUUGGAAAUUGAUUGUCUCGCAAUGCACAUAAUGAAUAGAUAUGAUAUUAUUUCUGGUAAUUUAGCAAUAAAUCCUGGUUUGGCCGCCAUUUGGGAAAAUGAAAAAACCAGAAAUAAACUACUUAAUUUAUCUGAAUAUGAAGCAUCGCAACAGGAUAAACAAGUAAUUAAUACUAAAAGUGAAGUAUUUUUUAAAAAUCGUUUAAAACAGAUUCUUCUAGAGAGGGAAGCACAUUCUGAAACAUUAAAUGAAACCGAAUUGUCAGGUUCUGUUUCUAAUAGUGGUAGUAUUUUAGAAAAUACAAUUUACCCUGAAGAAAAUAAUGAUGAUACUUUAAUGAAUGCAUCUCUAAUAGAUGUUGACCAAUCAUCUCUCGAAACUGAAAGCAAGCCAAAUUUGGAAAUAAUAUUAGAUGAACAAGAUAAAAAGUUAUUAGAUAUUUUGAAAGAUCUUGAAGAGAAUGCGCAUAUUGAAGAUGAUAGCAUUUUAGGAACUCAACUUUCAAUUGGAAGUGAUUCUAAUAUUAUUGAUAAAGGUGAAAUUGAAGCAAGUGCCUUUUGUGAAGAUGAUGAACAUGAUUUAAGUAUGGCCCUUUCAUUGGAUCAAAUGGCUAAUCAAAAAAAUGAUGAAUGGAUUGAAAAUAGCCAAACUAAUAAUAUUUGGGAAACCUCUUUUUUGGACAAGGAUGAUCAAGAGAAUAAUAUAUGUAACAGUCAAGAACCUAUCAAAGCAUGCUUUAUCAAAAAAGAAGAAUUAACAAGUAGUAAAUGUGAACAAACUAAAACUAAUUUGGACCUUUUACGAAGUGCUUCCGUAAUGAAGAAAGAAAAUAUUUCUAUUGAUUUUAAUGAGCUCUUAACUAUUACACCUCUUGAUGUUCCAUUAACAAGAAACAAAUUAAUAUCAAGUCUAGAUGAUUAUAAUAUACCUGAAUGUGAUAAUAUCAAGCCUUUUUAUAGCAAUCCUGAAGAUGCUUCUGCAAAACGAGAAGUGGGUCUUAUAACACUAAAAAUUCCAACAAAUGCAAUAAGUGAUUUGGAAGAAUUUCAAACAUGUAGUGAUUAUCAACUUCAGAAUUGGCGUUCUGAAAUGUUCAAAGAAAUGAAUUUAACUAGUGAGUCUGUCAACACCAGUGCUAUUAAUAUAUUUUUAUCAUCGGAAUCUAAAUGCACUAUCACACCACUUACAAGAGUACCUAAUGCCAAAGAAGUUUCAGAUUGGGUGAAAGCUAAAGACUUAUACUUGGAGCUAAAUCAAAAAGAAAACAGUAACAAAUCUUCAAUCAAACCCAUUAUUUUUAAAUUUUCUAUACCUAAUAGUCCAUCAGAAGAAGCAUUAAAUUGUAGUUUGAAUAGUUCCAUAAAUUUAUCACCCUACACACCUUCAUCUCUUAAUUAUUUAAGUCCUCUAAAUGAAAAAUUAUGCAGUCAGGACAAUUCCAGUACACAAAUAAUAAAGAAGGCACAACAUAAACCUAAAAAAUCUAAAAAGAGACUAUUCAAUAAAAUUUUGGAUGAGAGUUUAAAAAAAUCAGAUGAGCAAGAGGAUUAUUUGCCAUCUUCCGAAAAUAGUUUGUCUCAAAACAGUGAAAAUAUUUCUUCAAACGAUACAGUUAAAUUACUUUUAGAACAAAGUGAGUAUGUACGUGGAUUAAUAUCUCCCACUAAUUCAGGAAAUAAUUCAGAAGACACUAUUGUUGCUUUAAACAACACUCAUGAUAUUCAUAUGGGAGAAGCAAACUUUAAACAAGUUAAAACUGUUUGUGAUCAUCAGUAUCUUACACUACUUUGCUUAGAGUUACACAUUCAAACUAGACAAGAUCUUAAGCCAGAUCCUGAUGUAGACCCCAUAAGAGCUGUAUUUUAUGCAAUUACUAAUGAUGUACCGGAAGAUUUUCAAUUAGGUACAGCUGAACAUGGUGUCAUUGUUGUGGAUUUUUCACAAGAUCCAAAUCAACAAGAAACUUAUUUGAAUGGAAUCAACGAAUCCACAAAAAAUGUAAUACACACUAAAUGUGAAUUGGACCUAAUUCAGGAAGUAAUAAAUUUGGUAAUAAAAUGGGACCCUGAUAUUCUAGCUGGUUAUGAAAUAGAAAUGCUAUCAUGGGGCUUUUUAAUACAGAGAUCUUCAGUGUUAGGCAUCAAUAUUACAAAAGAAAUACAUCGCGCUUCAAGUACCAAGCAUAAUGAAAAACAGUGGGGGGAUGAUAAUAAUGAAUUAAUAACAGUUACAGGCAGAAUAAUGUUGGACAUUUGGAGACUAUUAAGGCACGAAGUUGCUUUAACAAAUUACACAUUUGAAAAUGUUAUGUACAAUGUUUUACAACAACGAGUACCUAAGCAUUCUUUUAAAAGUCUUACAUUUUGGUGGGAGCACCCAACAGCACUGUUUCGAUGGAUUGUUGUAGAAUACUAUUUAUUGAGAGUGAAAGGCAUAAUAAAACUUUUAGAUCAAUUGGAUUUGAUAGGCCGAACUUGUGAAUUAGCACGAUUAUUUGGGAUUCAAUUUUAUGAAGUUCUUUCAAGAGGUUCACAAUUUCGUGUAGAGUCCAUGAUGUUACGUUUGGCUAAACCACUAAAUUAUGUAGCAAUAUCACCCAGUGUUCAACAAAGAGCACAUAUGAGAGCACCAGAAUUUUUACCAUUAAUACUUGAGCCAGAAUCAAUUUAUAAUGAUCCAGUGAUAGUUCUAGAUUUUCAAAGUUUAUACCCUAGUAUGAUAAUAGCAUAUAAUUACUGCUUCUCUACUUGUUUGGGGCGUGUUGAACAUUUAGGAAAAUCAUCAUUAUUUGAAUUUGGAGCUGCCCAGUUGAAGGUCUCAAAACAUAUGUUACAGAAUUUAGUGGCAAAAGAUAAAAUAACUAUUUCGCCUUGUGGUGUAGUGUUUGUUAACAGAAAUGUUCGAUUAGGUGUUCUACCUAGAAUGUUGCAAGAAAUAUUAGAUACAAGGCUCAUGGUGAAGAAGUCCAUGAAACAAAAUACAGAAAAUAAAGUAUUGCAAAGGCUAUUACAUUCACAACAACUAGGUUUGAAAUUAAUUGCAAAUGUAACUUAUGGUUAUACAGCAGCCAAUUUUAGCGGACGCAUGCCUUGUAUAGAAGUUGGUGACAGUGUAGUCGCAAAAGGAAGAGAAACUUUAGAAAGAGCCAUUAAAUUAGUUGAAAAUACAGAAAAAUGGAAAGCAAAAGUUGUAUAUGGUGAUACUGACUCCAUGUUUGUUUUAGUACCAGGAAGGAGUAGAGAAGUUGCUUUUAAAAUAGGGGCUGAAAUAGCAGAGGCAGUGACCAAUGAAAAUCCUCAUCCUGUUAAAUUAAAAUUAGAAAAAGUUUAUCAACCAUGUAUCUUGCAAACCAAGAAACGAUAUGUUGGAUAUAUGUAUGAAUGUCCUUCUCAAACAAUACCUGUCUACGAUGCCAAAGGUAUAGAAACUGUUAGACGUGACGGAUGUCCUGCCGUAGCCAAAAUUCUUGAAAAGUCAAUAAGAAUUUUAUUUGAAACCUGUGAUGUGUCAAAAGUUAAAGCUUAUGCACUUAAAAAAUUCGGAAAAAUUCUAAAUGGUGAAUUGUCAUUGCAAGAUCUAGUUUUUGCAAAAGAAUUCCGCGGCCUACAUAGUUAUAAGCCUGGUGCUUGCGUACCAGCACUAGUUUUAGCUAGAAAAUGGAUGAUGACUGAUAAGAGGUCAGAACCCCGUCGUAGUGAACGAGUUCCAUAUGUAAUCAUUAAUGGGUUACCUAAUACUCCACUUAUACAACUGGUAAGAUCACCAUAUGACUUAUUACAAGAUCCAGGAUUGCGAAUAAAUGCUAUAUAUUACAUUACUAGAGUGAUAAUUCCACCUCUAAAUAGAUGUUUACUACUAAUAGGUGCAAAUGCCCAUGACUGGUUUGCAGAAAUGCCAAGGAUAACAAAGCAAUAUUUACCAACUAUGAACACUGCUGUAUCAACAUCAAAGAAAAGUACAGUUUCUCAAUAUUUUUCUAUUGAAAUUUGUGCAUCAUGUGGAAUUGAAAAUAAACAUGGCAUAUGCAGCGAAUGUUUGAAGGAUGGUCAGAAAACAAGUUACAUCUUGAAUGAGAAAUUAAGGUGUUGGGAAAGAGAGUUUGAUAAUAUAUUAAAAGUAUGCAAAUCUUGUUGUUACAGACAUGAAAGUAUAGAAUGUAUUUCUUUAGAUUGUCCAACAUUUUUUAGACAGAAAAAAGCAGAAAGAAAUUGUCAACAAACAGCAUAUGUUAGAUCUCUAUUAGAUAAGUUUUUGUGAACCAACGUGAUUGUGAUAAUAAACUAGUCAUUUAUAGAAUUGAGUUGCAAUUUAAUGCAGAAUAAAUAUAAAACUAAUUUGUAAAAA